AUACCUGAUCCACUCUUCUUUCUUCCACAAUUAAAUUCCAUUCUCCAUCAAGUUUUUCUUCAAGGCCUUGUAAUCUUCUGUUCUUUGCUUUGCUUUGAUCUGUUCCACCAUGCAGGCCAGUGAGAUCACAGGACUCAGCUAUUUUCUCCCUUCAGACCCAUCUCCUUUCAGCAUGAUUCAGAACAACAACAUCCCCACAUUCCAACUACAAAAAUUCUCCAACCAAUUCUUUGGUUACCAGAAUAAUCUUCAAGCAUUUCAAGACUUCAGUCCUCAGAACUCCUCAUCAUGCAUCAGCAGCAACUCAACCUCUGAUGAAGCAGAGGAUCAGCAACAGCAACAAAGUCUCAUCAUCAAUGAGAGGAAACACAGGAGGAUGAUAUCGAACCGAGAAUCAGCGCGCCGGUCCCGGAUGAGGAAGCAGAAGCACCUUGAUGAGCUUUGGUCGAUGGUGGUUUGUCUCAGGAAUGAGAAUCACCAGCUGCUAGAGAAACUGAACCAUCUGUCAGAGUCUCAUGAUAGAGUGGUUCAAGAGAAUGUUCAGCUGAGAGAGGAAACAUCAGAGCUUCGCCAAAUGAUGUGUGUCAUGCAGCUACAUAGUCCAUGUCCUCCAUUAAGCCCCCUUGAAGAUCAUGUCCCAAGUACCCCACCCCAUCUUUCUGAUUCCUCAAACCAAUCAAUCACAAGCUCUAGGGACAUACUUGGCUAAAUUUGAAGACAAGACCAAGCUUUUACAUCUCUUCAAUUUUACAUCUUUUUGAGUUUUUGCGUUUGUUAGCAUGUCUGGUUUCACGGUGAAAUGCUCUAAAAUCACUAGCAUGUUUUGAUAAACUUCUAUUUUCUCAAAAUUGAUUAUGGCAACCAGAAAGUACCUGCACCUUUGAAUUGAUUAAGACUUUAGAAUAAAAUGCAGUAAUUUCUGUGAUGCAUGCAUUUCAUUCGGUGUAAAUUGUGAAACUAGACACCCAACUGUGUGGGGAAUUCCAAAAUAGUAGUAGUCUUUGCCUCCCUUUUGAACUGUGUGAGGUGAAACCAUAACCGGUAAUGACAUGUUUUGAGUAUCUUUAUUUAAGUCUCAGCUCAUGGCCUUUGUCA